AUGCAGCUCUCACUCAUUCUUCUCUCUGCGGCCUCCGUCGCCUUCGCGCUGCCUCAGCCUGUGCCUCAAUCAUGCGAUGAGACUUGUCCCAACCCUUGCCGACAGGCCAACACAAACACAUACUGCACCGGAAAGAAGGUCUCAGAACUCAACAACACACCCCCACCGGCCCAGUUCAAGAACCAAUGGAACUGCCCCGCCGGUAGCAGUUCCCCUCCUGCGACCUACAUCCAGAUGACGCAGAACGGAGCUGCUGAGGGCGGUGUCACCGUCUUCUGCACCAUCUAA